UAUUAACCACUAAAAAUGUAUAUUAGUUUGUUUGAUAUUUGGAGACGGUUUUUAGUAAACUUGGGAUUUUUACCUCCUGGGCGGCAAGGGAAUACUUUAAAAGGACCUCAGAUUUACCAAACAAGGAGAAUCUCCUGCCAGACGGAUCGGAGGUACUUCACCCCUCUUUUUUCCUUCUUCCAACCUCGAAGAUUUUCGCCUUGACAGCAUUUUAAAUACCUCCAUAUCUAAAAGGGUUAAAGCUUCAGAAUUUGACAGUUCAAAGCAAGUUCGGAUAUUACUUUUUCGAGAGCUCAAUGGACAAGAUCGGAGAUUACUGUUUGAUUCUAAAGCAGUCCGGAAAAAAGACCCAUCAGCAUCGCCAGGUGGUAAAUUUGAAAAGCCAUCUGUGCAUCUCAGAUCAAGAAAGAAUCAAGAAAGCAGUAUUGAAAAGUCUUUUAAGUUAAAUGACAGCCAAAGCAAAGAUUUCAUUUAUGAAUGGCAGAAAUCCAGUUCUGAUGAACAGAUGCUGAGAGAAAUGAUCUUUGGAUCAGUGUCUAUAUCUUAUCAGGGUACCACUCUCAAGGUUCAUACAAUCAGAUCUCCAUCACAAAUAAUGCUUAGUGUUGUUUUUCCUGCACCACCAGUAACUACAUUUCGUAUUGGGGAACAAGAAAAUGAGGAAUCUGGAAAUUGGAAUUCAUCUGUUGGAGAAAUCAAUAUAAAUAAAUCAUCGGAGAAGUUAGAAACACAUUUGGCUCACAGUGUGCCUGUCAAUGUACCUAGUCGUUUAUCGGGUCAUUUUGAUGAAUCCAGAGAUAGUGAUUCAGAUUCCCUCCAAUCACAUGAAGGUUAUAAUAGUCUUCCUACUACUCAUCUUACUCCUGAAACAUCUACAGCUUGUCUUCCACGUUCCAGUAGUUAUAACAGUUUGCAGCGGCGCUUGCUAAGGAAUAAGGCAACCAGCAUUGAGCUUGGUUUACAGAAACCUGAUGAUGGUACAAAUGAAGAAUAUCCAAGAAGCUCUGGCCAAAAACGGGUAAAACUUGGCUUGUCAGUUGUUAUUAACUUGAAUGAAAAUGACAAACAAGAAGAAAAGCACUUCAGUCACUUUCUUUUUUCUCACAUAUCUUUAAUUGAAGGCCAUUUAAUGAGUUUAAAGGAUACUGUAGUUAAAGCUUAUUUGAAUAGGCGAAGCUUUGUUCACUUGAUGUUUGAAGGUUCUAGACAGUUUCAGCAAGCAUUAAAUGAUUUAUAUACUGCUCCCCGACUUCAAAAUCCUGAGUGGUUAACAAUAAUUUCUUCUCCAAACCAUCGCCAUUUGAGUUAUUCAUUUUUAGAAAAAUUUUCUGCAAUUUUGAAGCAAUAUGACAAGAAGGAAACACAUUUUUUUGUGAGCACCAUAUUGACCGCUGUACUUACGUAUCAUCUUGCAUGGGUACCUUCUGUUAUUCCUACCGAUUCUAAAAUCCAGUCAACUCAAACUAGCCAUAAAUAUACACCUUUCUGGGUGGAUCUAUUAGCAAAAUCAAGGCCUUAUAAUCCACAUUGGGUUCAAUUAAGUGAUUUAUAUGGUGCAUUGGGAAUUCCUUUGAAACUUUCAAAAACAGUUGUAAAAGGUCAGAAGAAAGAAAUAGUACUGCAGUUCUUGCAAGUUUUAAGUUAUUUUAUACGUUGUAGUGACAUAUGUGAGCAACUGUACGAAAGAACAGAUGGACUUGUUAUUACUGAUAAAAAUUUAAGGUUUCCAAAUGAAACAAAAGCAUCCAGUGUAGAUACUAGCAAUAUCAGCAGUAAACUUAAUUCAAGUCAAAGUAAUUUAAGCACACCUGUUGGAAGUUGUGAUCUUCCAUCUGUAUCCAUACAAAGUCUUCCUAAAAAUUUAGAUUCACCUAAUAGUGCUCUCCUCAGUAGCCAUGAUGUUGACACUGCAUCUGAUUCUUCUAAAGACAACUGUGAUGUUGUUAUUACACCUACAGAAGGAAGGACUAGUGACAGUUCUGUUAAUGUUAACAGUAACACAGUAACAGACUCCUGUUUAGUUCCUAAUGUUUCAGAAAUAUCAUGCAGUUUGAAUAAUGGAAAAGAUUCUCGGGAUAGUUUGGGGUAUAUGAGUUUGGAAGACAAGCUGGAAUGUUCUGAAACAUCAAGAAAAAGACUUGCUCUUAGUGAACAACAUGCUAAUUGCUGCCAAGAACUACCAUGUACUGUUUUAGAUAUAAAUUCAAGUAUUAAAGAUGGAAAGGAAAACAAUCCUGUAAUUAAUGUGACUUGUACUGACAACUGUGAUAAUGCAACCUGUUGUUCAGAAAUCUGUAGGUCAGCAAAAUCUAAAACUUGUUGUUGCAAAAGCUGUCUGUGCUAUGCUAAUCGUAGUAAUGAUAGCUCUUGUACCAAAGACCUAAAUUUUGAUUCAUCAAAAGUGAAAGAAUGUGAAUCUGUUGAGGAAGGUUAUCAUAGCAUGGAAGAACCUCAUAGUCCUAGCAGAGCAAAAAUGCAUCUUUCUGAAAUGCUAAAACAUUUUGAUAACUGGUGCCCUGAAGGUCUUGAAGAGAUUCAUUUACCUGAGUUAAUACCUUCAAGUGAAAAUAUAAGUCCUUCUCCAUAUAAGAGCUUUGGCUGGUCUUUGAUUGCUGGCAUAACUGAUCAUUACCUCAUGGAUUUCUGUUUACAAGGGUUAUGUGGGUCUUUGUGUGAAAAAGAAAUAAGAGAUGAUCUUGCAAGAUUAACACAUAUUCAUGUUUUAGGGGAACAAGUGUCUGAAGCAGUGUGCAUAGUAGCAGAUACAGACACAUGGUAAGAAAUAAGAUUUUAUAUAUAUCCAUG